GCUCCCGUGGGCACGCCUCCGCGCAGGCCUCCGCCUGGUGCCAGCGGGCCGCGGCGCCGCUCGAGGCUGAGGCGCCGCCGGAGCUGCGGCUCCCGGAGCGGGACGCGCGCAACGCUCUGCUCGACCUGGCGCCGGCGCACGUGGAGGCGCGCGAGCUCGACGGAGAG